GAACUACCGACAUCCCAUAACGAGACGACGGGACUUGAUCCCUCAGGUGAGCUACGCCUCCACAGCUCCGGAACUGAGUGAUAACACCCGCUACGACUUCUUCUCCCGGGUGGUGCCGCCGGACACCUACCAGGCCCAGGCCAUGGUGGACAUUGUCAAAGCCAUGCGCUGGAACUACGUCUCCACGGUGGCCUCCGAGGGGAACUACGGAGAAAGUGGCGUCGAUGCGUUUAUUCAAAAGUCCAGAGAGGACGGCGGUCUGUGCAUUUCCCAGUCUGUGAAAAUACCACGUGAGCCAAGAACCGGAGAGUUUGACAAGAUCGUUCGCCGGCUGAGUGAGAACCCGAACGCCAGAGUGGUCAUCAUCUUCGCCAACGAGGACGACAUCAGGCGGCUCCUCGAAGCAGCCAAGAAGGCCAAUCAAACCGGGCACUUCAUCUGGGUCGGCUCAGACAGCUGGGGCUCCAAAAUCUCCCCGAUACUGAACCAGGAAGAGAUGGCAGAAGGCGCCGUCACCAUUCUGCCCAAACGACAAUCCAUAAAAGGUUUUGACCGCUACUUCGUCAGCCGAACGCUGGAGAACAACAGAAGGAAUAUUUGGUUUGCGGAAUUCUGGGAGAAUAACUUCCAAUGCAAGCUCAGUCGGCACGCUGUGAAGAAAGGAUCGGGCAUCAAGAAAUGCACAAACCACGAGCGGAUCGGGAAAGACUCGUCCUACGAACAGGAGGGGAAGGUCCAGUUUGUGAUCGACGCCGUGUACGCCAUGGCCCACGCGCUGCACAACAUGCACAAAGACCUCUGCCCUGGAAAGGUCGGCCUCUGCCCCCAGAUGGAAACCAUUAACGGCACACUGCUGCUCAAGUACAUCCGCCACGUCAACUUCACAGGAAUUGCUGGCACGCCGGUGAUCUUCAACGUGAACGGAGACGCUCCUGGUCGCUACGAAAUCUACCAAUACCAGAUGACGAACAACGCCACGGAAUACAAGAUCAUUGGCCACUGGACGGAUCAGCUCCACUUAAACACCAAUGAAAUGCAGUGGCCCGGUGCAACGCAAGAGGUCCCCUCCUCUAUAUGCAGCCAACCCUGUCGCCCCGGGCAGCGCAAGAAGACGGUGAAGGGAAUUCCGUGUUGUUGGCACUGCGAGAACUGCGACGGUUACCAGUACCAGGCCGACACUUUCACCUGCAAGAUGUGCCGCUUCGAUUUGCGGCCUAAUGCCAACAACACCGGCUGCGACGCCAUUCCCAUUGUCAAGCUGGAGUGGAGCUCCCCGUGGGCAGUGAUCCCGGUCCUCAUCGCCGUCCUGGGCAUCAUGGCCACUCUGUUCGUCGUGGUCACCUUCGUACGCUACAACGACACACCCAUCGUGAAGGCGUCGGGUCGAGAGCUGAGCUAUGUGCUGCUGACGGGUAUCUUCCUGUGCUACGCCACGACAUUCCUCAUGAUCUCCACUCCCGGCGUGGUUAUUUGCUCCCUGCGGAGGAUUUUCCUGGGCCUGGGUAUGAGUAUAAGCUACGCGGCGCUGCUCACCAAGACGAAUCGGAUCUACAGGAUUUUUGAGCAGGGCAAGAUGUCGGUCAGUGCCCCUCGAUUCAUCUCCCCGGCCUCCCAGUUAGUGCUCACGUUCAGCCUGAUAUCAGUGCAGCUCCUCGGAGUGUGCAUCUGGUUUGGCGUCGACCCGUCGCAAGCCAUCAUCGACUAUGAGGAUCAGCGCACAUCCAAUCCCAAAAGGGCCCGUGGCGUUCUGAAGUGUGACAUAUCAGACCUCUCCCUCAUCUGUCUGCUGGGUUAUAGCAUGCUGCUGAUGGUCACCUGCACGGUUUACGCCAUCAAGACCAGGGGGGUCCCCGAGACGUUCAACGAGGCCAAGCCCAUCGGCUUCACCAUGUACACCACCUGCAUCGUAUGGCUUGCUUUCAUCCCCAUCUUCUUCGGGACCUCGCAAUCAGCGGAAAAGUUGUAUAUCCAGACCACAACCCUGACCAUCUCCGUAAGCCUCAGUGCGUCGGUCUCUCUGGGAAUGCUCUACAUGCCCAAGGUCUACGUGAUCCUCCUCCAUCCAGAGCAGAACGUACCAAAGCGAAAGCGCAGCCUGAAGGCGGUGGUCACCGCGGCCACGAUGUCCAACAAGUUCAACCCCAAAGGCGGCCUGAGGCCCAACGGAGAGGCCAAGUCUGAACUCUGUGAAAGUCUUGAAACACAAGCGUUGGCUUCCAAGCAGACAUACAUAAGCUACAGUAACCAUGCCAUCUAAGCCAGGGACCAACAGAGGAGGCGGAGCCAGGGCCUGCCGGAGGAGAAGUCACCUGAUUCUGGGGAAUACUGGGGAACAAAUACUGGAGGACUUCCAAACUGCAUAGAGGGACUGGGGUGGAAAGAUGGGAAUUUGUCACUCCAUGAAUAGAAAGGAUGUCAUAUUUUUCUAAAGACGUGAAUGGCAGGUUGAUGAGAAAUGAGUAGUUUUGCAGGAGGGAGCUGGAAUAUGUAAGAUUUGACAGUUAAUUGUCCUCUUCCCACCCUUUCUGAGCGUUGACGUUUCCAGAUGCAGGCUGAGUUAACCACCUGGAGUCCACAGUAUGUUGUCCUUCUGAAGUGUAAAGCACACAAUUUCAGUUCAGAUCUGAGGCUGAAUAGUUUGUCUCAUUUCUAUUUAAGAAAAAAAAAAUUUAAAAAAAUUUAAAACAACAGGGAGUGGGGUGGGGGGAGGUUUUGGUUCUGCUCAAGUCCAAUGCAGUCCACAAGAUGAACCAGUAUAUAAAUAAAGUCAUUAUUUUUGGUUACUGAUAUUAUCGGGGGUUGAAAGCUGCAGUACUCUUCAAAACUGUACAUGCCUUACGACAGCACAUCCAGAAUUCCUACAUGAACUAACCAUACCUGAAACACCUGGACAAUAAAAGCAGUGGGGUCAUCCCAGGAUUCUUUUCAUGAAAAAUAAUGAUGAUGAUGAUGAUGAUGAUGAUGAUGCCAUCAUGUUGGCAAACCUAGUGUACAGUCCCAGAGCAUGCUUGUUGGGAGCAUCACGUGUACUGUGCUGUGUCGUCAACGUCUUUGGAAUGCAACAUUUGUCAUGGUUGUCAUUCACAGUGGAGAUGUCAUUUUGGACCAUUGCCCUCCGCGUUACCCUCUGCUGAAUAGAGAAGUCAUUUCAAAAAUACAACCAAAAAAAAGGAGCAAAUCUAAAAAAAGCAAAUUGUCAUGGAAUACCUUCAUAGUUUACACCGCACUUCAUUAAUGUCAGCCAAGACCUAAAGAUGUGUCGAUGCAUACUUUAAACAUCCUUGAUAUACUGGCCUUUAUUUAUCACGCGCUUAUUGAAGCCUUCGCCAAUGCAAGCAGUUGAAUGAUUGUGAGAAUUAAUAUUACGCCGUACAUUAAACUUUCAAAAAGGUACAAUUAUUGACAAAAAUAACACAUUUGCACUUGGUAAUACCCCCCAAUUAAUUACACAGAGUGUUAUUUCCAUUUUAACACGGGUUUCAAGAUGUUAAAUUUAAAAAUAAAUGUGUUAAGCAUUUUUUUAUAGCACUGGGGCUAGAAUAACCGUAAAUUAUUUCACUUAACACUUGAUUUGUGAAGGAAUAAAACUACACAUCAGUCUGCCGUCGUACCAGAUAAUAUAUAUUAGAGCUUACAGUAUGAUGGAUUACAUCGGCCAGGGGGGAUACAUGGGGACUGCUUAUGAUUUAGUGAUGGAUGCACAGGUAAUAUGUGUUCAUUGCAAAAUGACUUUAUUCCCUUUCUGGGUCAUGAAUUUUAAGGCCACAGUGGAAAUAGCUAAUGAGAGCUUUAAUAUUUUGGGUACAAAAUUAGGCUCAUGCUGCUCCUCGGCAUGAAGACCCAUUUAGAAAAAGGUGCAAACCUUUGAAAUGUUCAAAGAUAAUUAAGUGGAUGAUUUCCUUUCCUUUUCUUAGGAGUGCGUUACCUCUCAACAGACACAAUACGACCACUUUAGGGGGUAACUAGCGCUCCCACAAUCCUAAAGAAUAGUAUUUUGUCAGACUUAAGACAUAACAAGAUGAAUCACUUCAUUUAGCCUGCAUUAAGUGACAGGGUUGUGAAUGGCGUCUACAGCUCUAUGCAGCUUUGAGCUUCUUUCAUCUUUAAAUUGAUAAUCAUUUCUCAUUGUGUCGAACGAGAAGAAUCUGUCUUGAUUUUUCACAGUAAUAUUGAC